GCGCGGCUCAACUUCGUCUGGAGCAAUUCCUCCGCGUCGGGCCUUUCGCGGCGUGUACAACGUAGUUUUACGGUUCCCCGGAGUUGACAUGUUACAACCCUGUUGUUGCGAAUCGAAUUUCUGCAUGAGCCAACGCAGUUUCUCUGGUCCGGGCAGGAUCGCAGAUUCUCGUACUCACUCUUGACCAUGGACUCCGUCGUCCUGGCACCGCUAGACUCGUUAGAAAGCCAUCUAAACUCCCUCAUAACCUCCCUCACGCAAACCAACACCUUCACCAAUGCGCCGCAGAUAGCCAGGGAUCUUGUCUCGGACGACGACAAUCUUACUGCGUCUCUCAACCUCCUCCAAAGGCACCAGCAGAACUAUGCGCGGAUCCUGAACCUCCGGGCCGAGGUCGUGAACCUGCAAGAACAGCUCAGAGACACCAUCCGACAAUGCGUGGCUCUUAGACAAGAGAUCGGCCAUAUCCACCCAUCUAUCCUGGAUUCACUGGACUCGGACGCAGAUGGCGCGGAAGCAGAUCAAGACACAGACUCAAAGGUGGCAGAAGUUGACUAUCAGACACUAUUAUCGUUUGCAGCGCGGAUCGGGAAACACAAUGCCGCGGCGGCACGCGAGGCAGAAGCAGAAGCCAUCAGAAGGAAGAUUGCGGCGAGAAACAAAGCAUCUACAGCUACAACGACAACGAAUGGCGUUGGUCCCGACUCAGUAGGCGGGAAAGGGGAUGCCAAUGAGAAUGCCACUGCUGAGACCGAGGCUGAGCUCGAGCGCAUCAAUAACACUAUCGCUCUUACUCGCGCGCAGAUGGGUAUGGCGUUCCCAGAUGCGAAUUUGCUCCGCGUUGGUGCGCUAGGACAGCUUCAGCUCCUGCAGGAGCGGCAGCAACAUACCGCCUCUACGGGAGGAGACGGGGGAGACGCCGAGGCGCAGGCUGCAAUAGACCGGGAAGUGGAAAGAAUGGUCCGGGAUACAGAGGACAUUGCCGAACCAGAGCACGAAGCAGAUGUACCAGAGGAAGAACACCGUGAAUGGCCCAGUCCGGAAAUGUCCAGGAGGUCCAUUGGAGGCGAUGGCAGGCCGAGUGGCUCGCAAGCUCGGGGAUCUAUCACCGCUCAUGCUCCAGCCCCUUCGCAACAACCCAAGAGGAAACUCGAUCUGGAUUUCCCGAGCAGUGAUGACGAGGAAUGAGGUAUAAAUCUUCUCACCAAACAAGGUCUCCUGUCAAGGGGGAGAAUAGUGCAGUCUAGAAUGGCCAACCUCACCCGUUCACUCCAGGUAUCACGUAUCACGGUUCAAUAGCCUCAACUUGGUCAAAAUACAUGGGUUAUCACACCCCAGCAAGGAGUCGGUAACGCAACUUUUGUCCGUCUACCUCGAUAAACUGGCAUCUGGGGGAUUCCUCGUUCGGUCUUGGUUCACGUCAGUAGACAGCGGUGUUCGCAGCUUAGCUAGCAGUAAAGCUCUUGGUCGAAGUGUGGUGAAUUUGGCUCGCACCCAGAGAGAAGACGCUAAGUCUUGUCGGUUUGGCUUAACCCAUCCCCGUAUGAUUGAAAGGUAAUAACCAAUACGUCUCUUACGAAAGUGAUGGACGGAGUACCCAAUAGAAAUUUGCUCAAAGCAGCUCUUCCAAGCAAACUGUCUUCUCGG